AAAAGGCAGAGAGAGGCUGCUUCAAGGGGAAGGUGGACAGGUUCCCACUGGGGACCUUGGGUGGAGGAGGUACAGCUCACAUCCAGUCCCCCGGGUGAGCUCACCUGCCAGUCAGUGUGAGGGCGGGGUGCUGGGGCCCGUCUGUGGGGACCAGGAAGAGGAAACCACAGGCAACUUCUGGGUCAGGUCGGAGGCUGGCGUAGGGCUGAGUCCGCCCGGACCUGUGUGGCUGCCACCAGCUCCAUAUGGGCUCGGCGCCCAGAGGAAGCAAGAGCAUGGCGGGCAGGGCGCAGCCUGUGCUGGGGGUGCUGUGUGCAGUCUGGGUGAUGGCGGCGGCCAUCUCUGUGGAAACCCCGCAGGAAGUUCUUCGGGUCGCCCGGGGAAAGAGUGCCACCCUGCCCUGUACCUACCACACUUCAGCCUCUUCCCCGCAAGGACUGAUCGAAUGGGACAAACUUCUGUGGAGUCACACGGAAAAGGUGGCCGUGCUGACAAUUCCAGCCCAAGGCCUCAGCCACGGUGACCGUUACCAACACCGAGUCACCUUCUCGGACAACGCCCAGCAGUCUGACGCCUCCAUCACCAUUGACCAACUCACCAUGGACGACAACGGCACCUACGAGUGCUCGGUGUCGCUGCUGCAAGACCUGGAAGGCACCUCCAAGGGACGCGUCCGCCUCCUGGUCCUCGUGCCACCCUCCAAACCGGACUGCAGCAUCCAGGGAGAGACGGUGAUCGGGAGCGACAUCCAGCUGACCUGCCAAUCAAAGGAGGGCUCCCCGGCCCCGCAGUACAGCUGGAAGAGCUACAACCUUCAGAACCAGGAGCGGGUGGGCCUGCCAGCCAUGGGGCAGACCUUGACCCUGAAGAACAUCUCCACAGACACGUCCGGCUUCUACAUCUGCACCUCCAGCAACGAGGUGGGGACGGAGUCCUGCAACAUCACGGUGACCGCCAGUCCUCCCUCCAUGAACGUGGCCCUGUACGCGGGCAUCGCCGGCGGCACGGUGGUGGCCCUCAUCCUCAUCGGCGUCCUGAUCUACUGCUGCUGCUGCCGAGCAAAGAGCCAGGACGAGGCCAGGCCGACUCGGUCCAUCUACCGGGAGCCCCAGGAGCAGCUGAGGGAAGUUUCACAAGGGCGGCAGGAGGAGGAGGACUCCGAGCACGGAGACACAGGGAGCCGCCGUCACUCCUGACCACACGGGCCAAGGGCGACCAGGGCCUGCCGCAAGUCAAGGCUCCCUCCCCAGCCUCCCGCCCCUACCUGGGCCCAACUGCCUGAGCCUCCCUCCCGGUACUGACGGCACUUCUGUCCUCUCAGUCAGCAGCGGGGUCCCGGCUGGGCCUGGCUGAGCUGCUGUCACCUGCCAAGGGGCCCCUCCCCACGGCCAGGCCCACGGGGACCUCGGUGUGCCCAGCACCAGGGCAGUGCCUGGCGGAGAGUUUGCACGCAAAAAACGUUUUUGUUGAAUGAAUGAAUGAAUGAAUGAGCAUGCACACAAAGGGGUCCCUAUCAUUAUCCAACUUAGGUGCCAACUCCCCGCUCUGGGCCCACGUGGCCUGGCCUCCAGCUCGAUUUCCAGCCUCACCCACAUCCCCCUCCCCGCCCCGAUUCUCAGCAUGGUCAGGCACUGCUGGCGCGGGCCACCGCCAGCCCCCCUGCACCCUCCCACGUGGCUGCCCAACGUGGGGUCCAUCCCUGCCUGCCGACUGGGCUUGGUGGCGCCCCCUGGUGGAGCUGUCCCUCCAGGCAGAGUUACCUGAGCCCCUGGGGCCGGGCCUGUCUUCACCCCUGCUUUGACAGGUGGGGCCUGCCCCUCACGGAUCUGCCUGCCACGACUGUGGGCACCAAGGUGACUCCCACCCAAACUCAUCUGCCCCUUUGGUGAAUUAUGGUGACUUGACUUAAAUGAGCACAUCACAGCCACGCUCUUGAGACCAGAGUGACCGCCGUGCCCGCCCUAACCCUGUCGCACCCACCCCAUGCCUGGCAAGCUCCUGGCUCUGCCUUGCUGGUUGGGGGUCGUGCUGCCCCUCCAACAGCCCCUCCCCCUUGGUCAGCUGUUUUCUGCCCCCAGGAGUCCAGGCUUAGGCCUGGGGCUGGUGGCCAGUUUCUUCCAAACGCUGUUAACUGUUAAAGAAACAGCACCUUUUCCGAAUGAUCAGAAAAGGAAUCUUUCAAAUCUGCUGUCCAUUUGUGAUUUUAAAAACAUCUUUUAUAUAUUUGUGGAACUCUUUGCUUCAUUCAAAAUGCUGCCAAUAAUAAUAAUUAA